GGUCGCGCAGCAGAUGUUACUGGCAGUUGUACCCUCCCUACCGUCAGGCUAAGCAUACCCUUCCUAGGCCUAGUACUUCGUCACUUAUUAGUGUAGAUUAGGCUAUAGAUGAUGAUGAGGUCCUGCAUGGUCUAGGCCUCGUACCACCCUGGGUACCACCAAGAAAGGCAGUUUUCUAUCUAUCUUAACUGAUUUCAAAAUGUGCUACAGUACACAAAAAUAGUAAAUUUAAACUGAGUUACCAUGACAACAAACGUACAAGUGCAAGCUCCAAUAGCUGGUCAGGCAGUUCUCUACCAGCCAGGUCCAGUACACCCUCCAUCAUCCUGGAACAAGAAAGCGGCGCUAAUAACCGGCUAUAUGCAGAUAGGUCUGGCAGUGCUAUCCCUUGCUUUUGGUGUGGCUUGUAUUUUUUCUAGAUAUUAUUUAGUGAUUAUUGCUUUUCCAAUCUGGGCUGCACUUGGGUUCUACCUUGUGGCUGGAAUUCUAGGAGUGGUUGCAGGACAGAGUGAUGGGAGAAAUUCAUGUGCUAUUAUAGGUUGUUUGGUGAUGUCAAUACUUGCAGCUGUGACGGCCUGUGCCCAUAUCAUUGUUGGUAGUUUUUCUACAGAAGUUGGUCUUUAUUUUGAUGAUUAUUAUUUUGAGCGUGAUGGAUGGUACGUUGUCAACAUUCUGAGUGUCCUAAUUGGAGUGGCUGAACUUGUCACAGCCAUUGUUUCAUCUGCAUUCAUGUGUUGUGGGAUAAAUUGUUGCUGUGAACAACAAACACCAAAUGUUGUGGGCCAGCAACAGUAUGCAUCCUAUGUUGUUCAACCUGGUCAAGUUGUCAACCAAGGUCAGGUUGGUGUCCACGGAAAUCCCAUGAUGCAACAGCAGGUUAUGGUUCAACCUCAGCAGCCGCUGCUUGUCUAUACGGAACAUGAAACAAAAGAAGUUCCUCAAGUCUGAUUUAUCUUCUGUAUUCAUCAGUUUCCAUAUAAAACUGAAGAUAUUUUAAAAUAAUGUAGUUAAAAUGUAUGAAGUUAUAUGCUAACAUAGCAGGGUUAGUUUCUAGGUGUCGAUAUUGUAUUCCGUAGAUUAAUUUUAUGAUUAAUAUUAUUAAGACUUGAUAUAAAUAAUAAUAAAUGAUAAUAUAAACACAAUUUUCAUACUUCAGCAAAAAUCACAGAUGUCUAGGUGCUAUUUAUACAAUUUUUCCCAAAUAAACAAACGAGAAAAGAAUAAUCCUUACUCUAGACUCAUAAAUUGAGCAUGGUUGACCUUUGACCUCCAGUAGCUCAAUGCUUUUUAAUCGACUUGGUCAGGACUUCUCUUAAAUUCUACCUCUGCUUCUCCCUCCCCCUCCUCAUUUUUUCUAUUUAAGCCUUUCAUUUGGUAUUUUUAUGCCCGCUUCUGUUACUAACCUAGCUUGCCAAAGCAUUUAUCUUAUUUAUGCUGAUUUUAUUACCUUUUUAACAUUUACAAAUAUAGUAUAACAUGUAUAACCAUAAUAUUUGUUCAGGUAUGACCUUGUUUAUUUGAAUGCUGUACACAGUUAAUAAUAAGUACUAUCUGUUUGUUGUUGAGACAGAAAUUCAGGAUUUUAGAUCGUGAUCUGGCAAAGUUUUUUAUGAACCAUAUUAUAUUAGGUGCAGGUAUGACCUUUGUUUAUGCGAAUACUGUACACAUUAGUUAAUAAAUAACUUUUAACUUUAGACAGAAAUUCAGGAAAUUUAGGUUGUGAUCAAACAACCUUUUUAUAAAUGAAAACAACCUUUUUAUAAAUGAAACCAUAGUUAUGCUUAUUUUAUUACCUUUUUAACAUUUACAAAUAUAGUAUAACAUGUAUAACCAUAAUAUUUGUGCAGGUAUGACCUUGUUUAUGUGAAUGCUGUACACAGUUAAUAAUAAGUACUAUCUGUUUGUCGUUGAGACAGAAAUUCAGGAUUUUUGGUCGUGAUCUGGCAAUCUGUUUUUUUAAUGAAACCAUCAUGAUUUUUUUUCUGGAAUCCUGCUGGUGUGUGCUAUUUUUUCUUUCCACUUCAUUUUGGUUUUUACAAUGUAUUAUUUGAUUAUUGCCUUUGUAAUCUUUUUUUUUUUUUUUUUUUAGCAGUGUUACUUUUUCUUCUUGAGCCUACUUCUUAUUUUUUCACAAGUGUGCAAUAUAUGGAACAUGAAAUUGAAAGGGAUCUUGAUUGUGGUGACAUUUGGCCAAAUUAAAUCAUUUUAGUUUUUAUAUGAUCAUGAUCAUUGAUAUCAUCAUAUGAUCUGGUUUUUUUUUUCUGAAAUUCUAAAAGUCUUGAAUUUUGAUUUGUGUACAUUUUUGUACUUAGUGGCCUCCUUCAACAAUUUCCUUAAAUGACUCCACAUGCAGGCGCUGUUCAAUAUCAAACCACAACCACAGUUCCUACAGUAUCUGUUAACAUAAUUUUGUGAUAAUCUUUUUUUUCUUUUAAGUCAAAAUAGGCAACCUAGUAUUCUCAUAUGCCUAUGUUUCUAAAGUACAAGAUCACUCAUUCAAAUGAAGUACAUGACCAGUAUUUUUUUUUGUAUUUUUUGCUGUCUACAGCAGCGGUUCUCAAACUAUGGGUCAUGACCCAAUUCGGUUGCCUAAAUUAUUAGAAGAUGACUCUUCUGGAUUUUUAAAAAAUUGAAUUUUAUAUCAUGCUGCUAAAAUUUACUGAAGUAAAGAGAGUGCUUUCUAAGAACAAUUUUUGAAAAUUGUACUUCAAUUUUUGAGUGUCUGUUUUUAAUGUCCCAAGAAAUGGGUCGCGGCAAAUUGCUUGAACAUUUGUUUUAGUCAUCAGCUAAAAAGUUGAGAAAAGCAGCUGGUCUACCAUGUGUACUGAUGUUAUACUUCUGCAUUCUAUUAUAUUGUGCUACUUUUAACUUCAUCGAUUUGUUUUGAAUAUAUUUAUAACCAUUUUUAGACUUGUAA